ACAGAAUAUGGUAAUGCAUUCAAAGUCGAGUAAAAAACUAGUUUCGAUAGUUCUUCGAUUCCAAAACAAUUCAACGGGCAAAAAGCAGCAUGCUACCAGUGCAAAAUGUUUAAUAAACUAGAAUUUAACAAUUUGGUAAUUACCAAUAAAAAGAAAAUAUUACAAGCGCGAACGCAAACUAUUUCAAAACUGGUAAAUAAAUUGCGCAAAUUAAAAGAAGCAUUGAAGAAUCAACCUGAUAACGAAAAGUCUCAGGAUCGCUUACGGAAAACUGUAGAAUGCAUGACUGAACUUAAGUCGCUCAAAUGCGUGGACAUAAUUCGCACGCUGCUGCUGCAAGAAGGCAAAAAUCACAAGACUGUGCUGACCAAUGGCCGCGCAACGCCGGAUGAGAUAGCCAUCGCUAUGUUGGGCUUAAACAAAGUCAUGCAAAUGCUUGUGGCAACAUUUAAAAAAGCUUUAGAUUUAAGUAAUAAAGCCAAUGUAAAUUGGCGUAUUGCAAUAUUGGAGACUAGCAAACGACGUCUUAAACUUGAACGCACCGAGGAAAAGCGACGCAAACGUAAAGAACUCAAAGAACAGAAAUUGCAGACACGCAAUCGCCUUGAAUGGUUGGAACAAAAUCAACCAGGACAGGAUAAUUGCGAAGCAAAUGCGGGAAAUAUUAAUACUGUAGCUGGCAAAUGUGUUGUUGAAAGGCAGUUAAACAAAGAUAAUCACGUAAAGCCUAAACUGAAAACAAAAACUACUCUAUUGCAAACACCGAAAGUACAAGCGAAAUCAAAGAAACGAAAAGAUGAACAAACUGAGCUUGUAAAGCAUACAAAAUUAAAGUCUGAUGACAAUAAAAAGCAACCAAAAAAAGUAGUUGUCCCGAAAGUAGAAAAUAAGUCAAAUCAUACAGAUGCGGCUGUCCCGCUUAAGCAUAAUGAAACCACGGCCAUAGAAAACAAGGCAGCAUUUAAUGAUAAUGGCAACAGAUCCAAGAAACCGGAAAAAGAGCGACCUACUCAUGUAGUCGAUCCCUUUUUCAUAACAGAAUCGGGCCAGCCAUAUUUGUCAACAGCAGUAGUUCUAUCCGACGAUAGCAAUAAUGAAGCAGAUGAUGAUGAGCACCAAAAUUCUAUGGAACGACAUAAACAUAAGCCGCUGGUCAAAAAGCAAGACUAUAACAAUACGCGAUUCAAUGAACGCCAUCCUUCUUGGCUCUCCAAAGAGAAGCAAACCCCAGUUAUAAGCAAUUUUAAGGGAAAGAAAACCAAGUUUAGUGAAAAUGGAGACAUUGCAGAAACGUCAAUUGCUCAACCAGAGUUUACAGCUCCAGCUCCAGCUCCAGCCAACACAGAGGGAAUGCAUCCUUCUUGGGUAGCCAAACAAAAGCUGAAGCCUAAAAUUGCCGCAUUCACUGGCAAAAAAAUAAAAUUUGAUGAUUAACUUUUGAAUAGUUUAGUUUACUUGUGUUAUGUUUAUUGUAAUUAAAUA